GAGCCUACAGCUUACACGUCGUGUUUAAAUAGUCGAUGUUGGAACCAAUAAGCUUUUCAAAAUCUGUAAGCUUUGACAUAUUUGUGUAUUGAACAAACAUUCUCGAAAAGUGCGUAUCUGAAGCUUUUCAGCGACAACAUUGCAGUGCAGUGCAGUUACAAAACAACGAAAUUUUCAUAUUAUACAAAAAACUCAAGCCCGCAAUAAUGGCCUCCUCUAAGAAGAGAAUACAAUCUCAAUCUUCCGCCAAUUAUCGAGUCACCAAAAUCAGCCGAGGUAGCCGAGGUAGUGAUGAGAGCCAUGGUAGCAAGGAAAUGCAAGAAAAUAUGCUCGGCCAGAGCGAGGAAGUCCGAAGCCCGACAACCCAAAAGUCAUCCAGCAGCAUCAUAAGUGACUUUGCGCAUCUUCGCCCACGCGGCGGUCUUCGGGGCAAGUCCUACUGGCACGACGUCAUUGACGAAGUGGAGUUUGCAGUUCAUUGCGUAUCGCAGCCACGAUUGCCAAUCAUCGACUACUCGCUAGUCCUGCCCCCACACCUACGCGAGCGCGUUAAGCAGAUACAGGCCUACGACUAUUCCACGUCAGACGACGUUGUUUAUAUUCGCGACGAGAUGCGCGAGGAGCGGCCGCAUGAUUAUCAGAUUUCUAGUGAACAGGACAGCCGAGAAGAGGGACAGGAGGGGGGGGCUGCUCUUCUAACGGACCGAAAGAAAUUAGAAGAACAUUUUGAUGAAAGCCAACACUCGGAUAUUGUGCGCAUGGAUCAUGAAUUUGAGAAGUUUGAUCUUAGGCUGGAUGAGCCGGUUGGUCACACGCAUCGCAAAGUCGACAAAACUAGCUGGUAUGCGAAGUUUCUGUGCGCUUCUCGCGACGAACGCGUCUGCUGGGAUUCACGAGUGGAGCGAUCCAAGGCGGGUGAUUCGGCCUACACGCUUGACGAGCAGGCCGAAAAUCUAAUGGAUGCGUCAGCUGAGCGCUUUAUUCACUGGCUCAAUUCGAUCGGUACAAUGGAUACGUCAAUGACACCAGAGAAGGUAAAGAACUUAUUUUCCAUCAAAGGUGAUCGAACGCUUCUUGCUUCAGUUAAAACAGACCCAAAGGAAGUCAACGCUAUAGCGCAAACAGUGGCCGACAAAUGGAAUAAACCCCAUAUGGCAAUUGAGCUCAAGUAUGAAAAACAUAUCAACGACCAUGCAAUGCGUGAGACCCGCAAGCCGCUACUUAGCGCCUUUGGUCGAACUGUACCUCUUAAGGAGCGACCUUGGACAAAGCGAUCUGGUGAUAAGGUCAUCGAAACAGUUUACCCGAACGAUCUGCUUACUCGCGAGAAAAUAUUUAAAGGCAUCACCCACCUGCGCAGCACCACAGCGCUCAUUGAUUUCUACCUAAACAAUCCAAAAUUAUCACGACCUCUAUAUUUACUCCAAGGUGGCGACUUCCAGGAAAUGAACACAAGCGAAUCGGUAAUGGAAAUACCCCUCUAUGAAUAUCUCGGCCUCCGCUAUUAGCAGGAACUUCAUUUGGCUUAUAGCGUUAUACAAAAUCAGUUAGAAUCGUAUAAAUUAAUAGUUUUGUGUUAGGUGAUGAAAUAUAUUUGAAUUAUAUUAUUAA